UGAACCUGAUAAAAAUAUAUAAAAGAGGAAACCUUAAACCUGAUAAAAAAAGAAGAGAAACGUAACCCUUCAGACACUCCGUCCCGCACUCACUCAUGGACUCUCUCGCUCUCUUCUUCACGGGGGCUCUACUAGCCGGUGGCAUCUACUGGUUCGUUUGCGUUCUCGGCCCAGCCGAGCAGAAAGGCAAACGGGCAGUAGAUCUAUCCGGUGGCUCCAUCUCGGCCGAGAAUGUCCAAGAUAACUAUGAUCAAUACUGGUCUUUUUUCCGCCGUCCCAAAGAAAUCGAAACAACUGAAAAGGUCCCUGAUUUUGUCGACACAUUUUACAAUUUAGUCACAGAUAUUUACGAGUGGGGAUGGGGUCAGUCCUUCCACUUCUCUCCAUCCGUUCCCGGAAAGUCCCACAGUGAAGCCACGCGCCUACACGAAGAGAUGGCCGUGGAUCUGAUCAAUGUCAAGCCUGGAGAUCGCAUCCUAGAUGUCGGAUGCGGUGUUGGUGGUCCGAUGCGUGCUAUUGCUGCACAUUCACGCGCCAAGGUGGUCGGCAUCACUAUCAACGAUUAUCAAGUGAAUCGUGCGCGCACGCACAACAAGAAAGCCGGGUUAGAUUCACUUUGUGAAGUUGUUCAGGGAAAUUUCCUAGAGAUGCCGUUUCCUGAGAACAGCUUCGACGGAGCUUACUCGAUCGAAGCGACAUGUCACGCGCCGAAACUCGAAGAGGUUUAUGCAGAGAUCUUUAGGGUCUUGAAGCCUGGAUCUCUUUACGUGUCCUAUGAAUGGGUCACAACUGAUAAGUACAAGGAUUCUGACCCUGAACACGUGGAGGUUAUUCAAGGUAUUGAAAGAGGUGAUGCUUUGCCUGGGCUAAGAAGCUAUACUGAUAUUGCAGAGACAGCAAGGAAGGUAGGAUUUGAAGUUGUGAAGGAGAAAGACUUGGCUAAACCACCAGCACGGCCAUGGUGGACUAGGCUUAAGAUGGGAAGGAUUGCUUACUGGAGAAACCACAUUGUUGUAACAGUACUUUCCGCUGUAGGGAUUGCACCAAAGGGGACUGUUGAUGUUCACGAGAUGCUGUUUAAGACAGCUGAUUACCUUACCAAGGGUGGUGAUUCUGGGAUUUUCACUCCUAUGCAUAUGAUUCUCUGCAGAAAACCUGAGAAGAAGACAGAAACGGCUUCAAACUCUUAGUCUCUUAUUUGAUUGGUAAUAAAUCAAAACAAGCCCUGUUUUUCUUUUUUAAUUUAUUUAUUAUGUUUGAGUAACUCAUGUUGCACCUCCUUUGUGACUUUUUAGUUUUUUUCCUCUUUUCUCUUCCUUUUAGCUUUUUCUUAGUUCAAAUCCUCAUCUUUGUAUUUUUCUUUUUUAUUUUCCUGGCUGUAACUUGGUUUUUUUACUGUUAUUAUGGUGAUAGUGAAGAAUCCAAAGGUCAAGAUGAUUGUUAUCUAAAUUUCUAGUGUUUUUCUCA